AUGUUUCAUUCAGGUCGAAUGUGGAGUUGCCAUUGGAAAUGGAAGCCAAGUCCUCUUCUAGUCUUAUUUACUUUAUAUAUUACAAGUGUUCCUCACUCAGUGUGGGGAUGUGCCAACUGCAGGGUUGUCCUAUCCAACCCUUCUGGGACCUUUACUUCUCCGUGCUACCCUAACGACUACCCUAACAGCCAGGCUUGCAUGUGGACGCUCCGAGCCCCCACCGGCUACAUCAUUCAGAUAACGUUUAAUGACUUUGACAUUGAAGAAGCUCCCAAUUGCAUUUAUGACUCGUUAUCCCUUGAUAAUGGAGAGAGCCAGCCUAAAUUUUGUGGAGCAACUGCCAAAGGCCUAUCAUUUAACUCAAGUGUGAAUGAGAUGCAUGUGUCCUUUUCAAGUGACUUUAGCAUCCAGAAGAAAGGUUUCAAUGCCAGCUACAUCAGAGUUGCCGUGUCCUUAAGGAAUCAAAAGGUCAUUUUACCCCAGACGCCAGAUGCUUACCAGGUAUCUGUUGCAAAAAGUGUCUCCAUUCCAGAGCUCAGCGCUUUCACACUCUGCUUUGAAGCCACCCAAGUUGGCAAUGACGACAGUGACUGGACAGCUUUCACUUACUCAGAUGCGACCUUCACACACUUGCUCAGUUUUGGAAAGGCCGAGAGUGGCUACUUUCUAUCUAUUUCUGGCUCAAAAUGCUUGCUGAACAGCGCCUUCCCUGUCACGGAAAAAGAAGAUAUUUUCUCAGAAAGCUUCGAGCAGCUCUGCAUGGUGUGGAAUAAUUCUUUGGGCUCUGUUGGUGUCAACUUCAAAAGAAACUAUGAAACAGUUCCAUGUGAUUCUACUAUUAGUAAAGUUAUUCCUGGGAAUGGGAAAUUGUUGUUGGGCUCCAAUCAAAAUGAGAUUGCCUCCCUAAAAGGGGACAUUUACAACUUUCGACUUUGGAAUUUUACCAUGAAUUCCAAAAUCCUCUCCAACCUCAGCUGUAAUGUGAAAGGGAAUGUGGUCGACUGGCAAAAUGACUUUUGGAACGUCCCGACCCUAGCUCUGAAAGCGGAAAGUAACCUAAGCUGUGCUACUGUAAACUCUCCUAGUACUACACCACCCACUGUCACCACUAACAUGCCUGUUACUAACAGACUCGAUAAACAAAGGAAUGAACUGGCACAUCCUCCACUGCCCAAGAACAUUUAUGUGAUGCUUCAGAGUCCUCGACUUGGUGGCGUGAAGCUGUAUUCACUCAAUCAUGUCAUUUCUGACAUUCUUGAAGAAAGCCUUGUUCAGUCCAUCUCUCUCUGCGUCAUAACCUUCAUUGGCGUUUCAACAAAGGAGAGUACUCUUUGUAGACUGUCUCUGCUAUUGGAUAUCAUUCCCAUUUAUAAAAACAGUGAACUGGCCAAAUGGCUCAAUUCAACCUUCCAGAAUUGGAACUACACUGUUUUUGUGGUUAAUAUCAGUUUUCACCAGAGCACGGGAGAGGACAAGGUUAAAGUCAAGAGAAGCAUUGCGAAUGAUCAAAGGUUGGUGCUUUGGGCCCUUCUAGUUUACAAUGCUACCAACAACACCAACUUAGAAGGAAAAACCAUCCAGCAGAAGCUCUUAAAAAAUAAUGAGUCCCUGGAUGAGGGUUUGCGGCUAUAUACGGUGAAUGUGAGGCAACUGGCUAUAUGUCCUGCCGUGGAGGAACCCAAAGGCUAUCACUGGCCAGCCAUCCUACCUUCUGAAUACAACCUCCCUUGUCCAGACAAGCCUGGCUUUUCUGUUUCACGGAUAUGUUAUAACAAUGCUACAGACUCAUCUUCAGCCUACUGGGGGCCCCUUGAUCUCUCCAACUGUUUAAGUGAAGCAAAUGAAGUUGCCAAUCAGAUUUUAAAUUUGACUGCCGAUGUGCAGAACUUAACCUCAGCCAAUAUUACCAGCAUUGUGGAACAGGUCAAAAGGAUUGUGAAUAGUGAAGAAAACAUUGAUAUAACACUUGGCUCAACUCUAAUGAAUAUAUUUUCUAAUAUCUUAAGCAGUUCAGACAGUGACUUGCUUGAAUCUUCUUCUGAAGCUUUAAAAACAAUCGAUGAAUUGGCCUUCAAGAUAGACCUAAGUAGCACACCACAUGUGAAUAUUACAACUCGGAAUUUGGCUCUUGGAGUAUCAUCCCUGUCCCCAGGAACAAAUGCAAUUUCAAAUUUUAGCAUCGGCCUUCCAAGCAAUAAUGAAUCGUAUUUCCAGAUGGAUUUUGAGAACAGACAAAUGGAUCCACUGGCUUCUGUAAUUUUGCCUCCAAACUUACUUGAGAAUUUAAGUCAAGAAGAUUCUGUAUUAGUUAGAAGAGCACAGUUUACUUUUUUCAACAGAACUGGACUUUUCCAGGAUGUAGGACCCCAAAGAAAAACCUUAGUGAGUUACGUGAUGGCGUGCAGUAUUGGAAACAUUACCAUCCAGGAUCUGACAAAUCCUGUUCAAAUUAAAAUCAAACAUACAGGAACUCAGGAAGUGCAUCAGCCCAUCUGUGCCUUCUGGGAUAUGAACAAAAACACAAGUGUUGGAGGGUGGAACAUGUCAGGAUGUGUUGCACACAGAGGCUCAGACACAAGUGAGACGGUCUGCCUGUGUAACCACUUCACACACUUUGGAGUUCUGAUGGUACUGUGCCAGGCGAUCUCCCUCCUGGAGAUUGCAGCCUGUUGGGACAGACUGGUGGCUAGGAUGGGGAUGGAGGCUUCUUCAGUCCUGCAGGAGAGAUGGAAACUGCGAAGGGAUUAUCCCUCCAAAAUCUUAAUGAACCUGAGUACAGCCCUGUUGUUCCUGAAUCUCCUCUUCCUCCUGGACAGCUGGAUCACCUCCUUUGGUGUGGAUGGACUCUGCACUGCUGUCGCUGCCCUGUUGCAUUUCUUCCUUCUGGCAACAUUUACCUGGAUGGGGCUAGAAGCAAUUCACAUGUACAUUGCUCUAGUUAAAGUAUUUAACACUUACAUUCGCAGAUAUAUUUUAAAAUUUUGCAUCGUUGGCUGGGGUUUGCCUGCCUUAGUGGUAUCAGUUGUUCUGGCGAGCAGAAACCAAAAUGAAGUCUAUGGAAAGGAAAGCUAUGGCAAAGAAAAAGGUGAUGAAUUCUGUUGGAUUCAGGAUCCAGUCAUAUUUUAUGUGACCUGUGCUGGGUAUUUUGGAGUCAUGUUUUUUCUGAACGUUGCCAUGUUCAUUGUGGUAAUGGUGCAGAUCUGUGGGAGGAAUGGCAAGAGAAGCAACCGGACCCUGAGAGAAGAGGUUUUACGGAACCUGCGCAGCGUGGUUAGCCUGACGUUUCUGCUGGGCAUGACGUGGGGUUUUUCAUUCUUUUCCUGGGGACCCUUAAUCAUCCCUUUCACGUACCUCUUUUCCAUCUUCAAUUCAUUACAAGGCUUAUUUAUAUUUAUUUUCCACUGUGCUAUGAAGGAGAAUGUUCAGAAACAGUGGAGGCGGCAUCUCUGCUGCGGUAGAUUUCGGUUAGCAGACAACUCAGAUUGGAGUAAAACAGCUACCAAUAUCAUCAAGAAAAGUUCUGAUAAUCUGGGAAAAUCUUUGUCUUCAAGUUCCAUUGGUUCCAACUCAACCUAUCUUACAUCCAAAUCUAAAUCCAGCUCUACCACCUAUUUCAAAAGGAAUAGCCACACUGACAGUGCUUCCAUGGACAAAUCCUUGUCAAAACUGACCCAUGCUGAUGGAGAGCAAACAUCAAUCAUCCCUGUCCAUCAGGUCAUUGAUAAGGUCAAAGGUUAUUGCAAUGCUCAUUCCGAUAACUUCUAUAAAAAUAUUAUUAUGUCAGACACCUUCAGCCACAGCACCAAGUUUUAAUGUCUUUAGUGUAAGAAAAAGGAAUCAGUCUACAGAAACAUGAAGAGCGGCAAGCUGUGAAAACUACAACUAGCAGAUGUAAAUGUGCUAUUACCUAGGUAACUGCAUAUAUAUGAAGAAUGUAUUCUGUUAAGAAGGCUUUUGUGAAAUUCAGAAUUUAUCUUUUCAGUAUAUUUCUUCCAUGGGGGAGUUUCCAUCAUCACUAAA